UGCCUGGCGGUGCCCUGUGUGACAGCUCCGGUUUAUGUUUGUGAGUUUGUCGUAGUGGAGCAGAGGAUGAAGUCCACCGCAGGGGGCGCUGCAGCUCCUCCAUCACCGUCAACUUCAUCCUCCUCCUCGGACAAUAGCGCAGGGAGGAGGCUGCACCGGGCUCCCUCAGCCCAGGAAGGGGCCAACAAGAGACCCAUCGGACUCAGAGGCAGGUCUAGGUCUUCUCCUGCUGCGGAUAGGGGUAAAUGCACUGUGAACUGGAGGUCCGCGGACGGAAGGGAGAGGGAGCCCGAGAGCCGCGGAGAGGCAGCUGUUCAACCGGAUGGUGCUGAAGCUGAUGUCGGAGCAAACAGGGCGGAUGCUGUCAGAGAAGAGCCCAUAGAUUCAGGCUCCGCUUUACGCCUUCCCUGCCUUAAAAGUGAACGAUCAGCCCGUCCGUGGUCGAGCCCAGCGUCGGUGAAGGAGACCAGGAGGAACCCCGGAGGCGAAGGCAUUCACAGGGGGAGAGUCGGUGUGUCUGUGGGCUGCGGACCGGGUUUGUGGAGAGGAGGAUGCUUACAGGCUGAACUGAUCCACUUCCAUCUGCAGAAGAGAUUGAAGAGAAGAAGUGCGAAGAUGCAGACCAAGACAGACAGCAGAACCACAGAAGAGGCCGCCCAGGCCGAGCCGGAGCCGGCUGCAGAGGCUCCAGAGGCGGGGUCCGUGACACAGCAGGACGAGGCCUUUGACGACGAGAUGGAGAGGCUGCUGGAGGAAAAUGAAGACCUCAAGUGCGAGAUAGAGGAGAUGAGGACAGAGAUGGAUGAGAUGCGUGACACAUUCUACGAGGAAGAUACUUGCCAGCUGCAAGAAAUGAGGCGGGAGCUGGAGAGAGCCAAUAAAAACUGCCGGAUCCUGCAGUAUCGUCUGAGAAAGGCUGAGAGGAAGAGGCUGCGUUAUGCCCAGACGGGAGAGAUCGAUGAAGAGCUGCUCAGGAGUCUGGAGCAGGACCUGAAGGUGGCCAAAGACGUGUCUGUGAGGCUUCACCACGAGUUGGAGAAGGUGGAGGAGAAACGCACAAAGACAGAGGAUGAGAAUGAAAAACUGAGACAAAAGCUUAUAGAAGUGGAAGUGACCAAACAAGCUCUGCAGAAUGAACUAGAUAAAACCAAAGAGUCUCAGAAGAGAAGAGGAAGCAAGGACAUCCAGAAGACAGACAAAAAAGCAGCACAGACUCCAACUGAGGAGGACAAUGAGGACCUUAAGUGCCAGCUCGCUUUGAUCAAAGAGGAAGCAGUGCUUAUGAGGAAGAAGACGGCCAAGAUCGACAAAGAGAAGGACCGUCUGGAGCAAGAGCUACAGAAGUACCGCUCCUUCUACGGUGAACUAGACAGUACCCAUCCCAAAGGGGAGGCUGGUGGGCCACCCACCACCCGCGAAUCAGAGCUGAAACUGCGGCUUCGUCUGGUGGAGGAGGAAGCCAACAUCCUGGGAAGGAAGAUCGUUGAACUGGAGGUUGAGAACCGUGGUCUGAGGGCGGAGCUUGACGACCUCCGUGGCGAGGGAGAGGGUGCAGGAAGCUCUGGGUGCGGAGCGAUGGGUGGAGUGGGCGCGGGGAGAGGCCUCGGAGACGAUCUGACGGACCUUCGACAACAGCUGCAGUUAGUGGAGGACGAAGCAGAGUUGCUGAGGAGGAAUCUUGCUGAUGCUGAGGAGCAGAACAAGAGGGUGACCACAGAGCUGAACAAGUUAAAGUUCAAAGCUGGUACACAUGAGGGAGGCACCCGGCAUGGAGGAGGAGGAGCAGGAGGAGUAGGGAUUGAUGGAGCAAAGGUAGAAGCCCUGCAGGAAGAGCUGAAAGCAGCACGACUACAGAUCAAUGAUCUAAGUGGAAAGGUAAUGCAGCUUCAGUACGAGAACCGUGUGCUGCUCUCCAAUAUGCAGCGUUACGACCUGGCCUCCCAUCUCUCCUUGCGGCCGAGCCCAAGGGACAGUGACGCAGAGAGCGAUGCUGGUGGAGCAACAAGCGGACGCCGUGAGAGUGACGAGGACUCCACUUCCUCCCGCCUCCUCCCACCACAUCGCAAGCGUGAGGGCCCCGUAGGCGGGGAAAGCGACUCAGACGAAGUCAGGAAUAAUAAUGGAAACAGCCGAUGCUUGACGCCCACACGGGGGCUCUACACGCCCACAGGACCUGAGGGUGCCGCCUCCUCCGCCUUAGCCCGCUUCCUGCCUGGCGGCCGGUGCAGCUUGCGAGAUAGGCAGCAGAUGAUUGACAUCCGUGUGGAGGCAGAGCGACUCGUUCGGACCAUCGACCGGCUCAUCGCAGACACAGCCACCAUCAUCUCAGAGGCGAGGGUCUAUGUUUCCAAUGGCGACCUUAUGUACGGACGAGGAGGUGAGGAAGGUGCAGAGGAUGAUGGGAGUCGGAUCAGGGAGCAUGAGCUGCUUUAUCGCAUUAAUGCUCAAAUGAAGGCCUUCCGGAAGGAACUGCAGGCCUUCAUAGACAGACUGGAAGUGCCAAGGCUGGACGACAGAGACACAGAUGAACCGCUGUCGAUGUUCCAGCCCAUCAUUUUGCUCAUCCUCAUACUCGUACUGUUCUCAUCCCUGUCUUAUGCCACCAUCUUUAAACUAGUCUUUCUUUUUACUCUGUUCUUUGUUCUGUGAUGUACAACUCCCUUUAUUUACAUCAUCCCCUGUUUUGUUUUGCUCUGUUUAUUUUAUUUCCUCCUCCCCGCAUCAUUUGUUGCCAAGGUAACCAAAAGCACAGGAAAAGCUCUGCCCUUGACAAAGCCACAGUCACGUUUAACAAAGUGUGGCUGAAUUCAACACUGGAGCGUAUAUGAUCUACAACACAUUACAGUCUGCAGCAGUCCAU